ACUCCCAUGCUCGCUCCAAAUGAGAUGACUCUUUAGAUUUUGCAUCAUCACUCUCAAAAUCUCUCGUUUUGGAAGAGAGAUGUUUUAGUUGAUAGAACUUUCAAUUCUCCACCAACCCAUUAGUAUUCCUUCUUCCAUUUCCAAGAGAUAUUGAGAAAGUGAUUAAAAAUGGACGGAGCAGAACGAGUGAAAGUAGGUGCAAAUCGAAGAAGCAGAAGCAGAAACCAGAGUUGGAGCAUGGAGGAAGUGUUUGUGACUGCAACGCACUCUCGAAGAAGCAGUCGAGCAGAAGACGAAGAGGCUCUGACUUGGGCUGCCGUUGAGAAACUGCCAACAUUUGAUAGAUUGAGAACAGGGCUCAUCCAGUCCAUUGUGGAGAGCGAGUAUCCGCAAAGGAUGAACAAUAAAGUGGUGCACAGGGAAGUUGAUGUUCUGAAGCUUGGUGUAACCGACCGUCAAGAUUUCAUCGACAGAAUUUUUAAGGUUGCAGAAGAGGAUAAUGAGAAGUUCUUGAAGAAGUUCCGAAGCAGAAUCGACAAGGUUGGGAUUAGACUUCCCACAGUGGAAGUUAGGUUUGAGCACUUGACAGUCGAAGCAGAUUGCCAUAUUGGUAACAGAGCUCUUCCUACUCUCCCAAAUGUUGCCAGGAACAUUGCAGAAUCAGCUCUUAGUUUCAUUGGGAUUACAAUGACUAAGAGAACAAACCUAACAAUUCUCAAGAAUGCCACUGGCAUCAUCAAACCAUCAAGGAUGGCACUACUAUUAGGCCCCCCAUCUUCAGGGAAAACAACCCUUUUGUUGGCUCUGGCUGGGAAGUUGGACCCAAGCUUGAAGGUUAAAGGAGAGAUCACAUACAAUGGAUAUAGGUUGAACGAAUUUAUACCGCAGAAGACAUCUGCAUAUAUUAGCCAAAAUGAUGUUCAUGUAGGAGAGAUGACUGUCAAAGAAACCCUAGACUUUUCAGCAAGGUGCCAAGGGGUUGGUACUCGAUAUGAACUUUUAUCUGAGCUUGCGAGAAGGGAGAAGGAUGCUGGAAUAUAUCCUGAGGCAGAAGUCGACCUUUUCAUGAAGGCCACUUCAAUUGGAGGAGUUGAGAGCAAUCUCAUCACCGACUACACUCUCAGAAUUUUAGGACUUGAUAUAUGCAAGGAUACCAUUAUUGGAAACGAAAUGCUGAGAGGGAUUUCUGGUGGCCAAAAGAAACGUGUAACCACAGGUGAAAUGAUAGUUGGGCCUACGAAAACACUUUUCAUGGAUGAAAUAUCAACCGGUCUAGAUAGCUCCACCACAUUUCAGAUAGUGAAGUGCUUGCAGCAAAUUGUGCACAUAACUGAAGCUACUAUCUUCAUGUCCCUACUCCAACCUGCUCCAGAGACGUUCGAUCUCUUCGAUGAUAUCAUCCUUUUAUCAGAGGGUCAGAUUGUUUACCAGGGACCGCGUGAGAACAUAGUUGAGUUUUUUGAGAGCUGUGGCUUUCGAUGCCCCGAGCGAAAGGGAACUGCUGAUUUCUUGCAAGAGGUUACCUCCAGAAAAGACCAAGAGCAAUAUUGGGCAGAUAGAAGAAAGCCAUACAAAUACGUAUCAGUAACUGAAUUCUCAAAACGGUUUAAACGUUUCCAUGUAGGCAUGAGGCUUGAAAAUGAGCUAACAAUUCCUUUUGAUAAGUCCCAAGGCCACAAAGCAGCUCUAGUAUUCAAAAGAUAUUCAGUAUCCAAAAUGGAACUUCUAAAGGCCAGUUGGGACAAGGAAUGGCUACUCAUGAAGAGGAAUUCCUUUGUCUACAUUUUUAAGACAGUCCAAAUCACUAUAGGGGCAAUGAUUACCUCAACUGUGUUUUUGAAGACACAAAUGCACACCAGAAAUGAAGAAGAUGGAGCAGUCUAUAUUGGUGCACUUCUAUUUUCCAUGAUCAUCAACACAUUUAACGGAUUUGCUGAGCUCUCGAUGACCAUUGCAAGACUACCUGUAUUUUACAAGCAUAGAGACCUUGUUUUCCAUCCUGCUUGGACUUUCACUCUCCCAACUAUCCUGCUCACUAUACCUAUAUCAAUUAUUGAAUCCGUAGUUUGGAUGAUCGUAACAUAUUACACUAUCGGUUUUGCACCUGAAGCUAGCAGGUUUUUCAAGCAACUAUUAUUGGUAUUUCUGAUCCAACAAAUGGCUGCUGGGCUCUUCAGGCUAAUUUCUGGAGUCUGCAGGACCAUGAUCAUAGCAAACACUGGUGGAGCUCUCACUUUGCUCAUGGUCUUUUUGCUUGGAGGUUUCAUACUUCCUAAAGGUGACAUUCCAAACUGGUGGCGGUGGGGCUACUGGGUUUCACCUCUGACCUAUGGUUACAAUGCCAUUGCUGUAAAUGAAAUGUUUUCUCCCAGGUGGAUGAACAAACUGGCUUCAGAUAAUGUUACCAGAUUGGGUGUGGCAGUGCUUCAAAAUGUUGAAGUUUUCCCUGACAAAAACUGGUUUUGGAUUGGCUCUGCAGCCCUUCUGGGGUUUGCUAUUCUUUUCAACAUCCUUUACACUUUAUCUCUGAUGUACCUCAGUCCUCCUGGAAAAUCACAAGCUAUUAUAUCUGAAGAAUUGGCCGAAGAAAUGGAGGGAGACCAAGAAGAAUGCAGGGAGGAACCAAGACUUAGAAGGCCUCAGUCAACGCGAGAUUCAUUUUCUCGGUCAUUAUCAUCUGCUGAUGCAAACAAUUCAAGAGAAAUGGCAAUCCGGCGAAUGAGCAGUCAAACCAAUGGCAGUGGUUUAAGUAGGAAUGCUGAUUCUUCUCUUGAAGUAGCCAAUGGGGUUGCGCCCAAGAGAGGAAUGGUUCUUCCUUUCACUCCUCUGGCAAUGUCCUUUGAUGAUGUUAAUUACUAUGUGGACAUGCCUCCUGAAAUGAAAGAAGAAGGAGUAAAUGAGGACAGGCUGCAACUACUUAGUGAAGUUACUGGUGCUUUUAGGCCUGGGGUCUUGACUGCUCUAAUGGGGAUUAGUGGGGCUGGAAAGACAACUUUGAUGGAUGUCCUAGCAGGAAGAAAGACUGGUGGAUACAUCGAAGGGGAUAUUAGGAUCUCUGGGUUCCCUAAGAAACAAGAAACCUUUGCAAGAAUCUCUGGUUAUUGUGAACAAACUGAUAUCCACUCACCCCAAGUCACUGUCAAAGAGUCACUAAUUUACUCAGCAUUCCUUAGGCUCCCUAAAGAAGUCAGCAAACAGGACAAGAUGAUUUUCGUAGAAGAGGUGAUGGAUUUGGUUGAGCUAGACAGUCUCAAGGAUGCUCUAGUCGGGCUUCCUGGAAUUACAGGGUUGUCGACAGAACAAAGAAAGAGGUUAACAAUUGCAGUUGAGCUUGUUGCUAAUCCUUCAAUCAUUUUCAUGGAUGAACCAACAUCAGGUCUUGAUGCAAGGGCAGCUGCAAUUGUUAUGAGGACUGUUAGAAAUACUGUGGACACUGGGAGAACAGUUGUCUGCACAAUUCACCAGCCUAGCAUUGACAUAUUUGAGGCAUUCGAUGAGCUUCUACUCCUGAAGAGAGGAGGGCAAAUUAUUUACUCGGGACCAUUAGGCCGCAAUUCCCACAAGAUCAUAGAAUAUUUUGAGGCUAUUCCUGGAGUGCAAAACAUCAAAGAGAAGUAUAACCCAGCCACAUGGAUGCUUGAGGUAAGCUCAGUAGGAACUGAGGUCAAGCUUGGAAUGGACUUUGCUCAAUACUACAAAUCAUCUUUCUUGCAGAAGAGAAACAAAGCUUUAGUAAAGGAGCUAAGCACACCACCACCAGGAGCAAAAGAUCUCUACUUUGCUACUCAGUAUUCUCAGUCAUCAUUCCAACAAUUCAAAUCAUGUCUGUGGAAGCAAUGGUGGACUUAUUGGAGAACUCCUGAUUAUAAUCUUGUUAGAUUCUUUUUCACCUUAGCAUCUGCUCUCAUGCUUGGAACCAUGUUCUGGAAGGUUGGCACUAAAAGGGAAAGCAUUUCUGAUCUGACCAUGAUUAUCGGGGCUAUGUAUUCUGCUGUGUUGUUUGUUGGAAUUAAUAACUGCUCCACAGUGCAGCCAAUUAUCGCCACUGAAAGAACGGUAUUCUAUCGAGAAAGAGCUGCUGGGAUGUACUCUGCAUUACCUUAUGCACUAGCACAGGUUAUUAUUGAAAUGCCAUAUGUGUUUAUUCAAACCACAUAUUAUACGCUGAUAGUGUAUGCCAUGGUGAGCUUUCAAUGGACAGCAGCAAAAUUCUUCUGGUUCUUCUUCGUCAACUUCUUCUCAUUCCUUUACUUCACAUACUACGGAAUGAUGACUGUUUCCAUUACCCCAAACCACCAAGUAGCAUCCAUAUUCGCUGCAGCUUUCUAUUCGCUUUUCAACCUCUUCUCCGGUUUCUUCAUACCUAGACCAAAAAUACCGAAAUGGUGGAUUUGGUAUUACUAUAUUUGCCCUGUAGCGUGGACAGUGUAUGGUUUGAUAGUAUCACAAUAUGGUGAUAUUUUGGACCCCAUUAGGGCACCUGGAAUGUCACCUAAUCCGACUGUGAAAUGGUAUGUAGAACACCAUUUCGGGUAUGAUCCAGAUUUCAUGGGACCAGUGGCUGCAGUUCUGGUUGGCUUCACACUCUUCUUUGCUUUCAUGUAUGCCUACUGCAUUAAAACACUCAACUUCCAAAUCAGGUAGAAGAAUUCUUGUCAGACGAAGUUGGAUUACAAGCAGUGAAUAAUAAGUAUAUAGGUGUAAAUAGAUGUAAGAGUUUCUAUGUACAAGCCUUGAUUGUUUCAUAGGGAAGUUAAACGUGUGAACUUCAAAAUGUCAAGGUUGUAUACUAGCUUGUACGCUUUGUAUCUGUAGUCCUUUUUUUUUUCUUUGAGAAAGAUUUGUAUCUGUAGUUCUGUACUGCCAUCAAUGGAAAAAUUUUGUCUACUA